AUGCUGUGUCUAUUCAUUAUCUCGUUGGAGGAUUUAUCAAUGACAGUGUAUUCAUGUGCUGGUCGCGGCAGCGGCGGUUCCACCCUCGGUGCUAUGAUCCUCCUCCCCGCUUCAGUAGCGAUUUGAACUACCGGUAACCUUAUUCCAAUAGGUAAUAGCAACAUUGUAACUUAUUGGAAAGAUGGGGAGCACGACCUCUUGCUGUGUUUCUUCAAGCCCGAAGCUCCGGAGAAAUGCUCAUUCGAGGCUGGAGUCGUACAAUACAGAGCCGGAGUUGAGUAGGGAGGAUACGGGCUGCAACCUGCAGCACAUCAGCGACCGAGAGAAUGUCGACGGUAAAGUA